CUUCAUCUAUAUUAGAGUUAGCAGAGACUACAUUUGUUAACCAUCUCUCAAACACUUGAUGAGAAUUUUGCUUCAUUUUCUCGGAAGCCAAACAGAGAGCAUUUUUGGAAUACGGAACUUACGUUUUUUUGAAAAUUCUUAUGUAGAGCACAGAAUCAAACGUCUUUUCAACUUUUAGUAUUGUGAUGUUUGGUUUACUUUAUUUACUUGUAGGUUUUGAUUAAUUUUGUGAUGAACUCUGAGCAGAAUAAUAUGUAGAUCGAGUUUUUUGUCGCAAAGUAUAAAGAGAUGGCGAAUAUAACGGUGUGUUGUCGAUUCAGGCCAUUGAGCUCUAAAGAGAAAACAGAUAACGGCGAUAGCGUUUGCAUUCGCAAUAUAGACGCUGAAACUUUCGUUUUCAAGGAUGAUAAAGAAGAAGAGUUUGCCUUUGGUUUUGAUAGAGUGUUUUAUGAUGAAUCUCUGCAAUCUGAUGUUUAUCAAUUUUUAGCUCUCCCUAUCGUUCGAGGUGCUGUUAAUGCAAUAAAUGGAACAAUCAUCACUUACGGACAGACCGGAGCUGGAAAGACGUACAGCAUGGAGGGGGCUAGCAUUCUAGAAUGUGAUGAUCUCAAGAAAGGACUACUCCCGAGAGUAGUAGCAGGGCUAUUUGAAUGUAUUAAAUCUGCAGAUGAGUCAGCCAAGUAUAUGGUCAAGUUGUCAAUGGUAGAAAUCUAUAUGGAGAAAGUCAGGGAUCUUCUUGAUUUAUCAAAAGACAAUAUAUUGAUCAAGGAGAGUAAAUCGCACGGAAUAUUGCUAUCUGGAGUAACGGAGAUUACUAUUUCAGAACCAACAGAAGCUUUACAAAGUUUAUCUAAUGGGGUAGUUAAUAGAGCAGUUGGAGAGACUCAAAUGAACAUGGCAAGCAGUAGAAGUCAUUGCAUUUACAUAUUCACAGUUCAGCAAGCUCUUGCUGAAAAGAGGAUUAAAACUGGAAAAGUAAUUCUUGUGGACUUGGCGGGGUCAGAGAAGGUAGAAAAAACUGGAGCUGAAGGGAAAGUUCUUGAAGAAGCCAAGACUAUCAACAAAUCUCUAUCAGCCCUAGGAAAUGUUAUAAACGCUCUAACAUGCGGUCCAUCAACCAAAGCAACCCACAUCCCUUAUCGCGAUUCUAAGCUUACUCGGAUUCUGCAAGAUGCUCUUGGAGGGACCUGUAGGACUGCAUUACUGUGUUGUUGCUCACCGAGCCCUUUAAAUGCCACUGAAACUCUUUCCACUCUUCGCUUUGGUACAAGGGCAAAGCAUAUAAAGUCAGCACCCUUUGUAAAUCAAAGCGAAGAUAAACUUGCCAAAAGGCACAAGACUGAUUCUCCAACUAAAGAUGAGUCGUGUGGUAGAAUUUUAAAUAGGUUGAGAGAGAGAUUGGAUAUUGAAGAUGUGGAGUUACUAGAGGAGUUAUUCAUACUGGAGGGAAUACUAUUUGAUCCUAACUCAGUUGAAGAUUUGGAAUCAGCCUAUGAAGAUGUUACUUCACAAACAAUUUCAUCAUUGCAGCAGGCAGUGGAAGAGCUUCGAUUUACCAUUGAGGAGCUUAAAUGUGAAAACAAGGCUCUGAAGGCCAGAAUAGCAGCUGCUGAAAGGGUAAGCACUGUGAACAAGGAGACUCAGAAAAAUGCAAGCGUUGUGCAAAAGACUUCAGACAUCUUAAACUUCUUCACCUCGUGGUUUGGAUUAUCCCCUUUGUUUAAGAUGCUGAAAUGAUACUAUACUGCUAAUCAAUGGUGACUUUUAAGACAUUUAAGGGUAUAUCUUUUGUGCAAUAGUGAUGGUUGCUACUCAAGCACAGGAAACGGAUAUUGCAUAGUUUACUAAUUCUCUUAAUCAACAUGACCACCCUUAGAAGCUUUGAAAUAUCUUAUUGUUAUUCCCUCUAAAAGCGCACGAGAGAUUUGCAUCCGUCAUUUCAAUACAAUAAAGUGAAACGUUUUGCUA